ACGCUCCGCGUCUUCGUCAGUCAAACCGCGAUCGUCUCCGCGUGAUGGGCCAUGGUUCAGAACGCUUAGUAGAAUAGGUAGCAAUGGUCGGUGGACAGUGUUGAAUCAUUUAGUUGACAAAAGCAGGCCAGCCAACAUAGUUGGUACGCACGGAAUAUUCUUCACGCCGUUCCGUCGACGAGAAUAGACGCUCUUCCGGAUCUCUGGCGACACUUGCCGGACCACGAACACUCUUGUUCCGGGUAUCAGUUUUCAACUGGUUCGUCCACUGGUCUUUGUAUCUUUCCGCCACGUGAUUGGACUAAAAAAAAGUGAGAGCAUACUGUGAUAGAUUGUAGAACGUAAAGUGGUCGAAUAAAGUGUAAAAAAAUGAAGAGCUUAGCAUUCUUGCUGCUCCUUGUUACCAUGACCACGUGUCACGAACCAUUCCAAGUGGUCUUCCAAUGGAAUACGAUCGACGUGAUAUGGCCGUCAGAAGAGAAACAAAACUAUGCGACUGAACACGGUGAUUACAUUCCAGCUAACAAUUUCAUAGCUGGUAUCAAAUUUUGGAAGGGUAACAUGUAUCUGACGGUACCAAGGUGGAAAAGCGGGGUACCAGUGACGCUGGGAGUCACUUCUGCAACCGUGGUGAACGGCAAUACCGCCCCUAAGCUGGCAGCUUUCCCUAACUGGGACAUGCAGGAAGUUGGAGACUGCAAGGCCUUCCAGUUGGUCCAAAGUAUGGAGAUCGAUCCAAAAGGACGUAUGUGGGUACUUGAUUCUGGGACGAUGUCACCUCUCUCUGUAGAAGUGAAGACCACCUGCCCACCAAGGCUGGUGAUCCUGGAUCUCGAGAACAACGGUGAGAUUUUACGAAUCUACGAGUUCCCUCCACAAGUGGCUCGUCAUGGUACAGCCCAUCUAAAUGACAUUGUCUUGGAUCACGAGGAUGGUGGCAUGGCGUAUAUCACAGACAGUGAUCGCGAAGAUCCAGGCAUAAUCGUCUACUCCCUCGGUAACAAUACUUCAUGGAAGGUCAGGCAUGAUUCUAUGAAAGCUAAACCCGAAGCAGUAAGAUUCAUGGUCUCUAAGAAUCUCAUUAAUAUGCCUAUAUCUGUCGAUGGGAUUGCUCUGUCUCCGGCAAGUGUUGAAGACAGACAAGUAUACUAUUCACCAUUGUCUUCCUUCCAUUUGUACUCUAUACCAACAUCGGUGUUGAAGAGCAACCUAAGCAACGUAGAUGAGUACGUUAAGGAAUUGGGAAAGAAAAUUUCUCAAACCGAUGGAAUGAUGAUGUCAGCCAAGGGAGCGUUGUACUUUGGACUGCUGGCUGACGAUGCUGUAGCUAUGUGGGACACUAAACAGUCGUUCACUACUGGCAAAAGGGUGAUCUCCAGAGAUCAUGAAAGGAUGCAGUGGCCGGAUACAUUUGCGUUCGAUGAGGAUGGUAACUUUUACUGUGUCACCAAUUCCUUGCAAAAUAUAUUGACCAACCGAGUAAACACCAGCGUGCCGAACUAUCGAAUAGUCAGAGCGAAAACUGCAGUCAAGAGUUAUCAGUAUUUGGAGGACGGAACCGCACCAGAGCAGCCGGAGAUACCCACUUCAAUUGCAAACAGGAUUAGUCUCGCCGUUGCUACUGUAUCAACCAUUCUACUUGCUAUCGUCAUAGUGUAGUAACAUCUUUCUCCCUUACUUGUUCCCCCGUUCUUUUUUCUUCGAACACAGUCGGGUAUACCAAAGACAUUCGUUUUAUCCUUUCAGUUAAGUAAUGCACAGAUGCCCCGUCCAGUGUUUUUGGUGACCUUGAACAUUUAGAGUAAUGAUCCUAGGUGGUUUGGAGUCAUGAUAAAAAGGACAGAGACCUAAGAUUACUUGACCAUUCGGGACUGCCAUAAGUACUUGCUCAUUUUUCUUGUUUUACUUAUUACCUUCAUAUUUUAAUUCCAUAGGCACUUGUAUUUGAAGUAUCUCUCUUUUUAAAUAUAUCUGGAAAAAUUAUUAUUCCAGAAGAUCGUUAAAUUUUUAUGGAUACAAUACCUAUGGUGAAGGAAAUGGCCUUGAAUGAUCAAUUAAUUUUGGAUGAAGCAAAAGUUUUAAUUCACAACUAAGUAUUAUUUGCGAUGGGACAUGUAAAUCGGUGUUGUCGAAACGAAGCCUAAGAAUCCUUCUAACCAACGAAUAAUUGGAUCAUAAGAUCAAACUGCUUGUUUGCAUAAAAAUCUUGUAAAAUGUUUUGUAGUGGCUAUCGAAAGUAUUGACAUGCCAUUUGGUAUAGAGUGUACAUUUUAAUCAGCUAAGAUACAAAUACAUUAAAUUAUACAUCAUUUAAUAGCAUUUCUAUAUGAUUACUAAAAUAUUUAUUUAUUUAUAUAUAAUAUGGUACUAUAAAAAUCAAAUGCGAAAUUGGAUAAAAAAACAUCUCAUUGGGAAAUAAGGCUAUGUGUAAAUACUUUUUGUAGUCACUGUAGAAUUAGUAGAUUUCACAAGUUUUAAAGCCAUCGAGAAAGUCAAUGUCACUUUUGAUUACAAUUGCCAUUUCUGAAAUUUUCAUCGAGCUAAAUUGAUCUCCUGCAAUUCAGUUACCAACAAACGUUUUUGCAUUGUGGCCUCUGUUGCGAAGAAGAGUAACAAAUCUAUUUUUUUUUCCAAUGUCGGUAACGACUUAAUAUUCUUACUUUUUUAUACAAUAUGUUAUAUCAAUCCUCUCAAUGAUAAAAAAAGAGGAAGAGAGAAAAUGUUUUCCAAAAUUUUUCAAAACGAGGAUAACUCACUGAUGUUUCUCCUGCAAGAAGAGGAAGACAUUAAAUGAAAUACUCUAACUCCAAAGUAGCAGAACUUUCACUACGUACAAACGUGGUAUAUUAAUGAUUUCAUCAUUAUUCGUUUUCUAUCUUCAUUAAUUCAGUAGUUAAUCGGGUCAUUUAAUUGAAUUGCUGAUCGUUAACUCGGGCCACAAUAGCCGAACAAAAAGAAUUACAUUUUUAUAUGGAGCGAAACUUUCGCCGCGACACCAUCGCAUUCACACAUAAUUGACCUCGAAUUAACAUCAUCAAUGGAGACUAUUAAAUCUGCCAGUGAAAUUAAGACGCUUCCAGUCCGAUUGCAUGACUUCAAAGGGAAAUUGGAAGAAGUUAGCCACGUUGCGCUUGUAGGGUGUCGUGUACAGUGUUAAAAGGAAGAUGAGGCAUUUGUCAAGACCACGAUGAAAGCCAUUAUCGAUGAAAGUUCCGGCCAUCGAGGACUUGUCACUUGAAAAAGAACGAAAUAUCAACGAGCAUGAGUUUAAUGGGAUCAUAGCUCAACGAGAUAAAAAUGACAACUCGGGAACGAACAGUAGGGCAGCGAUAAUGAAUGAUCUUUUCUAGUUCAAGAAAUCGAUCCUCUGUAACGCAAUACCGACAACAUUCCACGCCUUGGCUUUUGAUUUUAAGUCUCAAAGCGAAUUGUGAUCUAAUACGACGUGUAUUACAUUUAUAGUUUCUAUUUUUUUUAACUAAAUUGUUGCUGAAACAAUUGCGAAGCACAUUUUGAUUUUCAGACUAAACAUCUUGACAGUCCAUACUGCUUGAUCUAAUUAGAGCACCGUCAAUGCGUACAAUCGUUAAAAAGGGCAUUCGACCAUACAGAAAGUUAAAUAUUUAGUCAAAUAUUUGUCGAUCCUCUAAUUACUUCAAUCAGUUUGCGAAUACGAAAGUAUUAAUCCUAUUUAGACAUAUAUGAACACAGAGGAUUCAUUUCAAGGGAAACAACCAUUGAUUAUCAGCCCGUUACCAUAUUACCUUGUGUUAGUAACACGACGAUAACUGCUACUAAUUGUAUAUCUAUUAUUUAUAUCCGUGACAUAAUCGUUUUAGUUGCGACAAAAUUACGUACGAUGGAUCCUCGUAUGAUCUUAUGUAAUAGAGAUGUCUAUUUUUUUGAUCAUUUUCUUCUUUGUUUUUUCAUUAGUCGAUCACGGAAAUGGGAGAAAGCCGAAGAUUAAUGAAUUUAUUAUAGUACUUUAGUGUCAUCGCCUUAUGAAUCAAACUGUGAAUACGUAUACUAUAUAUAAAUGUAUGUAUGUAUGUAUAAUUAGUGUGUACAUUACACAUGUAACAUGUACGAGUAGCUUUAAUACAUAUGGCCUUAUUUGCGACGAUGAAUUGAAACCGUGUACUACGUUCCGUUGGAAAAUGUGACGUUAUGACUCAUUUGUCUGUAAUCGUUGGUGAAUGCAACUUUCCACCAUUGUACGGCAUAUAUUGCUUACAAUUAUUGCUCCUUUUCACGCCGUAUAGGUUCCAGUAUCUUGUUGAAAAUUCAGAUUGAUUCCUCCUUUGCACGAGUAUCUUUAGCGCGUGAACCCGUGUACUAUAAGUUAAUGAAUAAAUAGAAUAGCCCGUCGAA